AUGCCGAGUCUACUUAUUCCUGAGCAUGUUGAUCUGCUCGGUAACCCGAAUCCUGUUUUGAAGUGGCUUGAAGACCAGGAUGUGGAAAGCCAACAGAGUUAUGCCCAAAACAUCUUCGAUACCAUUCUUGGGGAAGCCGCUCAACCCAGAUCCGUCUCAGGCAACGCCUGUGUGAGGCUUUGCGGCUUUGUGGAGAGGGCUUCCAAAUCUGAGUCACAGGCGCUCCAGCCUUGGGCCUUUUCUCGGGAUGUAGCUUUUCGGCUGUACGACUUCUACAUUGAUUGGAAUGAGUUUGAUCAUCAUCGAUCCAUGAGGCUUGUUCUAGACUUGAUAGCGCAGCUUCUCCGGAGAAAUCCUGAUAAGGAAGCGGCUCUGCACAUACGAAAUUCCCUCCUGGAGAAUCUUGUCUCCAUCGUAAUCGGCCGUUCUACUAAACCUGUGGCCAAGUCAGCGCUCAAGACUCUUGACUACUUCCUACUCAAAGGAGUUUUCACCUUGGAUGACGUCAAAGCAACUCAUCUCUCAUAUCAUGAAGAAUUAGCCAAUGCUACGGAUAUUGAGAUAUGGAGGGUCUUCACGACAGAGCUGCUACAAUGGACUCGGUUACACUUUAUUUGCCCUGCAGCUGGCAAGUUCAUAUGGCUGCUCGACUUUCUGUCUGAAGAACCGACUCUAUUGGAGAACUUCAAAAAUUACAUAUUCUCUCCCCUCUUCAAGGCCGAUAGACCGGAGAGUCUGAAGUUUCUGCAGCAUGUGAACCGGAAUGAGUCCGGCUCUGCUAUCACAGCUGGUUCUGAUGAUUUUGGCGCAAAUAUUGGCAGCGACCAGUCAGUCGAGGACAAUUCAUCCAUCACUCUGCAAGAAAACGCCCUUGAGAGCGUUCUGACGCAUCCCUCCCACGAGGUUCGGACAUCAGCACUCAGUCUUCUCAUUAGCUCCCCGUCGACAACACGACCAUACUCGGCUACCACUUUGGACCUCCUCAAAAGACAUCUAGCCACAUUCUUUGCCGAUCCAGAUGCAAAGUUCCGAGUAGAUGUAUGUGCUCGAUCAAGGGACAUGUUCAAAAGAGUUCGUGGCGCAAUCUCGGUAUUGAACAAGAGCAUUCCGCGAGCAAGGGCAAAGGCCAGAAAAAAUGCCUCGAAAGAUUCAGCCAGCCAGCCAGCAUUGUAUCGCACUAACAUACUUUCAUGGUCAGAGUCUGAGUUGGUAUCUUGCCUGGACUACCAUGAGAAAUUCCUUCACUGGUAUUUGAGAUUUCUAUGUGCCGAAUUAUCACCUACUGCUUCUUAUCAGCGACAUAUUACAUCUCUCAAGAGCUUGAUAUCGAUAUUCCGUAUGGAAGGAGAACGAUCUAAGACUUGGGAGACAGCGGAUGACCAGCAACUAUUCUUCGACCAUUUCGAUGGGAAGUGGGCUCGAGUGCUCGCAGAUCUAGUAAUGGAUCCCUUCGACGAUGUCCGGGAGAUUGCCUCGUUAGCGAUGGCCCAGGCUUAUGCUGAUAAAAGAUAUCAAAAUUUUACUCUUAACUCUGCAGGGUCAGAGCAAAAACCUUCAAAGGAACUUCAGGAGCUUUUACACCGAGCUGAAAAGGUGUCAGUUCGGACUGCUAGAGCUGAUCACUCUGAUGGUGUCGCCAGAGCCUCACAGCUAGUAUACAAAUUUUUAGACACUGAAGAUGAGCGACUAGGACUUCUUUCAAAGCUUGUCGAUACACUACACCAAAAGAUUUCAAGAGCAGAGUCAGACUUGGGGCAAGCUGUUCUAGAUCAGCCACUACACAGUACGUUUGCAGCACUGGGCUUCACCUGGCAGGCUGUUUCUGAAAAGAAACUGUCGCAGUCUGAGGCAGACGCUGCUAUUGUACUGCAGGAGAGGAUGAUUUUUUGCUGUGAGCGAGUGUGGAGAGCUGUGCGCGAUGUUCUUUGCGAUGACUCUCCUGAAGGUCAUCUGCCUGAAGAGAUGGAAGACAUGGAAGGCCUCGACACAAAGGGUCUUUUGAGCUAUAGUUUCCGUGCUGUCCAUGAUAAUCUUAUGCGGACGAUUGUGCAGAGUAUGAGAAAUCAAUCCCGAGAGGGGCUCCUGACUCCAACGCGAAAAGCCUUUGAGGCCAUUGGAAAUUUAUCAUUUACGCAGCUGGCCAACCUAAGGCAUCGCGGCGCAUUCACCACAGUUGCUGCGACAUUUGCGACGUGCUGCCAGUUGACUAAACAUUUUAGUUCCUUUGAGGGCGAAGUAUCUCUGCUGGAGGGUUGGUACCAGGGCACCUUGAAGGAAAUCUUUAGCCAGAGAUCCACUACUCGACGAUCUGCUGGUAUACCGUCCAUGAUGACGGGAAUUCUAUCUGCGAAUGCAGCUAGCCCAUCAUUUGAAGAUGCCAUGGCCAAACUCAUCGAAAUUGCUAGUAUCGAGGCGCAUGUGGUAGAGACAGACGGAUCCAAUCUGCCGCAAGUUCACGCCUAUAACUGUCUCAAAGAUAUUUUCAAAAAUUCGCUGCUCACAUCCAUGGGCAACAAAUCUGAAAAGUAUCUUCCCCAGUGUCUCGAGCUGGCUGCUAGCGGGCUCCGGUCAGAGAUUUGGGCCAUCCGUAACUGUGGCUUGAUCUUUCUUCGCAGCUUAAUCGACAGUCUCUUUGGCUCUCAGGAGAGCAAAGCGAUGAUUGAAGCUGGCUGGGACGGAAAGGCCAACCGAAUCCCCUACCACCGCUAUCCUACCCUUCCGACAGUACUCGCAAGUCUCCUUAAAUCGGGUCAUACAAUGGUGACUUCAGCAAAUGCAACCUCGUCUGCCGAAUCUGUCUUUCCGGCCUUGGACAUUAUUCGUCGAGCAGGACCGCCCGAUCUACUGCGAGAUGAGAUCCAGAUUUAUGUUGCCGCCUAUCUCUCGAGCCCUGUAUGGCAUGUCCGUGAGAUAGCUGCCAGGACUCUCUGCUCUUGUCUAUUACACGACAAAUGGCUUAGUGUCGUCCAAGAUUUGCUUCGCAAGGCGUUGAAUGACAAAACUACCAAUAGCCAAAACCAUGUACACGGUGUUUUGCUCUCCCUCAAAUUCCUCAUUGAAAGAUUCAAUGAGGUGGCGCUGGAUCGCCUUAUGGCUGAUCUACCUGAACUGACGGCAUUCCUCGAAACAAGCCACAUUGACAGUCUAUACGUUAAUUGCCCAGACAUCAUUUCCGCGUACCUAGAAGUCGUCAACAUGAUAUGGAUAUCCCAAAUCUCCAGAGCUCAGUCCUUACAGCCAUCUAGCGUCAUGAUACCAACGAAGCAAGGGUCUGCGCUGCUCAAAGCUCAGAGUGCUAUAAGCAAAAUACUUUCCUCUUCCCAAGACAAGGAGGAGCCUGUUCAACAAGUAAGGAGUGUAUUAUUCGAGAGCCGCCUCGGCGCCGAUACCAUGGCUACUGCUCUGGAAUCAAUACCAAGACUGUGGCAUUCCACCUCGACUCCAAGCGAAAUCCGAAUUGCCCUGUGUGAUCUCUACAUCGAUAUUUGCCUCGGAACCAACUUUACGGAACCUCAAGUGGUAGCAAUUGAGAAUUUGGUAGAAUUGAUGAACCAGCUCAUUGCGGAAGACAAGCUCGACUCCUUGCCCGUAUCCUCUCUCAUGAAUUUGUGGAACAUUCUACCACAGCGCUCACUGAAUCCCUCUCUCUCCAAUGCGAUUGUGAGAGCCAGCGGCUGUUUAGUAGCCAUCGUGAACCACCAUCAACGCCUUCCGGCUACGGCGUUCCGGAAUUGGGGCGCCAUGAUGGCUGAUGCAGGCUCAGACGACAAGAGCUUCGAUACGCGCUUCGCGGCUGCUCAGUCUCUGUGCUCAUUUUUCAGCGUCUCCGGAGCAUCUUCCGCCCGCGAAGAAUAUCUCCCUGCAAUCAUUGUGCUAUACGAUACCUUGAACGACGACGACGACGAAGUGCGAGAAGCAGGGUCUGCCGCAGCAAAGAGCAUUCUUGGACAGAAUCUAGUACCCCUCGAAGCAUCUAGCCGUCUCCUUCAGUGGCUCAUCCAACAUUUCAGCACCAGUGCUGAUCUGAAAGCUAUUACCGCAAGCCGCGUCGCUGGAUAUCGUCACGACCAGGCGUGGACUUCACCCAGUGCUCACCUGGCUGCUGCUCUCAGGUCAGACGACUCUCUGUUCGCAGUCGAAGAGCAGAAUCUCUUCAUUGACGAGGUUCGCGAAGCCAACCGAUGGGCUACCGUCUUCAGGAAUCUCAAGUGGAAUGAAGGAAAAUCGGACGAUGGCGAGAUACUCCGCAAGCUGGAUGAAUGGCUUCUGGAUGGUCUAGCACAAAUGCAGCAACUCCUAGAGCAGGAAGACGGUCCUUUGGGCUGGGCUUCAAACCCAUCUGUCUUUGCUAUCUGUACAUCCAUUGUCCGUGGUUCUGUGGUAUUGAGCGAAAUGCACGGAAGCCCGAAAUUACGCCAAACCGUGGCACAAUUCAAAGAGUUACUGAAGUCGCCGAAUCAUCAUCACGUUUCGAAAUUACUCAUGGAACCGCUGGGCGAGCUAUUGAAGAAUAUAGAAUAG